CCGGGCGGCGGGAGCCGAGCCCGGCCCGCCGGCAGCCCCUCUUCCCCCUCCUCCUGCCGGCCGCCCGUCUCCGGGCGUCUCCCCCACGCAGCCCGGGGCCGUCGCAGCCUUCCGCCGGCGCUCGCUGGGCCCGGGACGGGAGAGGACGGGGCCGGAGGAGAGCGGCGGUGUCGCGGCUGGGGUUGGGAGGAGCACGGCCCGCCGGCCCCAGAACUGCUGCCGUGCGCCAGCUCUGCCGGUGCUUCGGGGGGAGCCGGAGGAGGAUCAGGGCACGGCUGGUCCUAGCGCUGGGUUGAUUAAAAGAUCACGCGAAAUGUGUUGGGCUGUUUAAGCUUCCCUUCAUCCCUGUGGUUUAGCCAUACCUUCCCCAAACCUCAGUUUUCGGCACUGUGUUAGAGCAUAUAUCCCAGCAAGUGACUUUGUUUUAUGUAAAAAGUCAUUUGUGAGCCUCCAACUCCAAAGCUGCCAAAGUGUCGGGUGGUCUAUGGAUGAAUAAGGAGUGAAAGCAGGAAGCAGUUGUCACAACUCGCCUGUCAAAAUCAAUUUACUAGUUGUUUGGAAGGUAACAUCCAGUUGCAGAUUAUGGCUCAUCGAUUUUCAAAAGAAGAAUUAGAUGAGCAGUUUGAAGAGUUUCUGAAAGAGUCUCUUUCAGAUGAUUCACUUGGAAAUUCAAAGAAAAAAUCCAGCAUUCUUGAGACAUUGGGACAGCCCAGGAAAAAAGAGACUAAGAAAAAGGAUUCAGUGCCGUGGUGGAUAUCUGAGGAAGAUUCAGAUGAUGGUGAUUUUCAAACAAGAUUUAUAAAGCUGAGAAAAGAGAAGAAACUGAUGGAAAGCCAUGUUGAAAUAGUGGAAAACAGUGAACAAAAGAGUCCCCAUUCAGAUUCUCAGUCUGUAGUUCCCCCUAAACCUUCUUCCAGUGCAUCUCACAGCAAGGCUUUGUCUAAAUUCAGAAAGCUGGAAAAAUUUCAUAAGGACAAGAAAGAUUCAUACUUAAACAAAGAAGAAGGAAGCCUCACUUCUGACAGUCCAGACAAUUCUGAGGGACUGCUUGGAGCCAGUGGAAGCUUUGUCAAGAUACAGAACACUUCACAGCCUAUGGGAGAAAGUUAUGAGAAUAUGCAUGUGGAAAAGAUGCAGCUUCAGAAAAGUAACGGGGCUGCUGUGUCUUUAAGUAGAGACAGCCUAGAGACAAAUGAUUUAGUUUUAGCUUCUGGGCCUAAUCACAGUAUCAUGGGAGUUGGAUUGGAUACCUUGGAAGAACAAGAAGAAAAAGAGAUCUUCUUUGCCAAACUUGAACGAGAAGCUUCCUCUACCAUUGAUUAUUCAAGAUUAAAUAAAGAGCUGGAUUCCAAUGAUUCUGUCAUAUUAGCACCAUUUGUACGAAAUGAAAAAAAUGAAAAAGAAGAAGAAUCUGCACAUGAAGAGAAAUCUGGCAGCUACAGUGAAGAUUUUGAAGAAGAAACAGAUGCUAAUCCUGCUUUUAAAACUGAGGGAAGUCAGGAAGUAGCAAACACUGGCAUGCUGGCUAAAGUUGUAUUACUUGAUUCACAAGAUUCAACUACAGAGCUUCAAACGGCUGUUGAAGCAUCAGAUGUAGCUCUAGAUGAACGUUAUCUGCCUGAAGAAGUCAGUGGAAUUGAAAUGAAUGAAGAAGGGACUUCCCAUGGACAAACCACCAGUGACAUGGAAGCAUUACAUCAAGCAUACCAUCAUAUUGAUCAGUCUUUGGGAGACACUGAUGAGCAAAAACUGCACGAUUCUGCAAUGGCAGUCUCAGAAUGCUUAGUGCAAGGGGGUUCACAAAAUAAUGACAUCUGUUCAAAAAACAUGUCAACUAUUGAAUCAGAUUUACCUACUGUGGAAGAAUUGAUGAAACCAAUUAGAGGACAUUCAUAUAAUAUCAGAAAUUUUGAAGUGGAGCCUGAAAGUCCUGUGAAACUGGUAGGCAGCACAGCAAAUGACCUCAUCAGCCACUCGCCCUUUAAAGAGCACAAGAAUAAUACAGUUUGGGAGGCAAACUUACUUGAAAAAUUUAACAGAGAAGAGAGCGUCUUUCUACAGACAGCUGUGAAUGAUGGUAGCUUUCAGAGGGUGACCGAGAAAGAAAUUCAGAUGGGUGAAUUACAACCUGAUGUACUAAGAGAAAAAAUAGUACAAGACUCUCUGCUCUCACAAGACAGCAAAACUACACAAGCUCUUCAGUCUUGUUCCUUGAAGAAUGAAAGAUCAGAAUCAAUGACAACUAAACCAACGUUAUACAAGAAUAUCAGAAGUCCAGCACCUUUACAUAAAAAGAAAUCUUCAUAUAGUCCUCACGGAGUGGUUAAAAGUUCUGGGUAUGGGAAACCCACUUCACUGUCAAAACAGUCUUUCCCAGUUAGUGAAAAGAAAAUGCCAAAAGAAGCUUUCAAAAAGACCAGUGUGAAAGCCAAAAAAUCUGCAGAUAGAGCAAGACCUAAAGAAGCCUUGUUUGCUACUAGGAUAAUAAGAUCUGCAACAAAUGAACCAACUUUGAAGGAGAGUAUUAACAGAGUUAUGCCUCACCAAUCAGUUGUUAAUAAUCUUGGACACCAGGCUGUGGAUUAUUGCAGGCAGUAUCAGCAUGAUUUAUCAUUUUCUCCUAUCAAAAGUUGUGAUAGGGAACUAUAUCUGCUAAAACGAUUACAAGUUGCAGAGGAUGACCUGAACUCAGCUCGUGAUUUGAUUCAACAGCUAACCAGCACGGUUUCAGAAAAAGAGAAAGAAAUAGAGACAAAGAUAGUAGAAUUGAAAACACAGCAUGAAAAAGAGCUUUCUCAGUUGGGUCAGGAAAACUAUGUACUUCAGAGUAAGUUAAGAAGUAUGGAAGAGCUGACUCAAGAAAAGAGAUGGACCCAUCAUACAGCAACAACUCCUGUCACUGAAGAAAAACUAGCACAAAUAAAAAAAGAAAUUGAAGAUCAAGAGGUUAUUAUUCAAGGUUAUCAACAGGAAAAUGAGAAGUUAUACAAACAAAUGAAAGAGCUACAAAUCCAAAACAAAAAAAAUGAGGAACGAAUGUUUAAGGAAAAUCAGUGUUUAAUGUCUGAAAUAAUAGCCUUAAGAGAAAAGGUACAGAAGACUAAUUCCCAGUCACAAAUUGUGCAGGAUUCUGAACCAGGCAGAAAUCAAAGUUUCACAGAAUUGAUUUCAGAGCUUCGAGCAGCACAGAAGGAAGAAGCUAAAUUACAAGAAGAGAUAAGACGUCUCAAACAAGAUAAGCAAGCUCUUGAAGUAGACUUGGGACAAGCAAAGAAGGAGAGAGAUAUAGCAAAAGUCCAGAUUGCAUCCACAUCAGGUGAGAAGUCUUAUGAAUUUAAAGUUAUGGAAGAAUCAUACAAACAGGAAAUCACUCAUUUAAAAAGAAGACUUCAGUGGUACGCAGAAAAUCAAGAUCUUCUGGAUAAAGAUGCAGCCCGUCUUAAAGAUGCAAGAGAAGAAAUUGAGAAGCUAAAACUAGAGGUUGAGAAGCUUAGAGCCGAAGCUGGAGAUCAGUGUAUGCAACAGAAGAAACGUUUGCGAGACAGAGCAGCAGAUGCUAAACGGAUUCAGGAUCUUGAGCGACAAAUCAGAGAAAUGGAAGGAAUUCUAAAGAGAAGGUAUCCAAAUUCUUUGCCCGCUUUGAUUUAUGCUGCUGCUGCUGCUGAGAAAACUAACGAUCUUUCAGCUAAAUCAAACACAGUUGAAUUUUUGGAGAGAAGAAUAAAAAAGUUAGAAACAGAACUUGAAGGUAAAGAUGAUGAAGCUAAGAAAAGUCUCCGUGCAAUGGAACAACAAUUUCAAAAAAUAAAGGUACAGUAUGAACAAAGACUUGUGGAGCUUGAGCAACUACUCGCCUACAAAUUUAUGAGUGAAUCACCAAAACUGAAUGUUGAUAAAGCCAGUUCUACAGAGCUUGAACAGGAGCUUCAGAAUCUAAAGAUGACCCAUCAGAUCACCAUUAAAAACCUCCAGACAGAAAUUGAAAACCUUAAAAGUCAAAAUUCCCAAUUAAAACUCAGAAGUAAAAAAGAUAAUAAAGACAUAGAAUCCACAGACUGUCAAAUGAAACAAGGUAACACAAAAGACAGACUGAUAAAACUAAAUGAAGAACUGGUCACCAAAAAUAGAGAAAUACAAGACCUUACAAAAACUGUAGAGAAACUUCAAAAAGAAAGGAUGGUGAUGUUGUCUGAUAAUAAUUUAAGAAAUAAAACUGAUAAUAAGGAAAACUCUACAGAGAUUUUGAAAAAGAAUACGUCAACAACGGAUAAAAGGAAUUCCAGCAACAGUGAACCCUUUCAAAGCAUUUUCAAUGAUGACAAAAUAUACCAACCGCAUACCUUUUCUGAUUCUGAUCUUUUGGAAGUUCUGCAAGAAAAUGCACAGCUGAAAGAGGAUAUAGAAAGAUUGUCUCUAGAAAUGAACCAGCAGAGGGUGAAGUCUCAAGCAACACUGGCUUAUUCUGAAAAUAAUAUGCGAAGGAUACAGGAAGACACAGCAGAAUACAUUGCAUCUCUGGAAGCUUCCCAUCAGAGGGAAGUGGAGAAGAUUCUUUGCCAGCAUGCAAAGGAGCAUUCUACUUCUAAAGUAGCUGAACUAAACAGCAGAAUUUCAACACAGGAGAUAAUAAUAAAACACCUCCAAGAACAAAUCGGUGAACAACAGAGACAUCAGGAAGCCCUUUUAGUUUCACAGAUGCGAGAGGAACUCCUACAAAAAGAGGUGGCGAAACUGUUGGAAGAAUUGAGAGAGGCUAAGGAGAGCCAGAGUCCUGAAAUGAAACAUUUCUUGUGCCUGGAAAAGAAAAUCAAGCAUAUGGAGACCAGACAUGCAGAAAGAGAGCAAGAAAUUCAAAAGGCAGCCCAUGUAACACAACAUAUUACUGAAGCAAGGCAAAGCCAGGAGGCUGCGAAGUGGCGAAGACUGGCACAACAGAAGAAUCAAGAACUGGAAAGAUUUCGAGUAGAAUUGGAUUCAAUACUCGAUGUUUUACGUGAACUGCAGAAACAAGGGGUUGUUAUUCCUGCACCUAAUUCCAGUGGAUUCAGCAUGACAGACAGCUGUUGGAAGACAUAACUAGGUAGGAGUUGAUUAGAGAAGCGGAAUUUUAAUAUUCAAGGUUAUGUAUGGAAAAUAUUGUUGAAAAUCAUUACUGCAAAUUGAAUUACAUUCUGAUCUUGUCUGGAAUCUUGCUUGUCCAAAGGUAGAUUUGUAUUGAGCAACACCCCAGUUAUAUUGUAUGUCUUCUAUUUUGUUAGUAAUAAAGUUACAUGCAUUUUUUUAAAAACUAUUAGGAAUAUUGAGGUUAUUCCAAAAAUUCAAUUACCAUUGAAAAAUUCCAUUUGAUGCUUUUUCAGAUACUGUAGAACAUGCCUGAAUAUUCUUAAUUUUUGUUUAUAACUUGUCUUACAGUGAUUCCUUUGUGAACAAUUUAAGUAACGUGCUGUUUGGCUUGUAUUUUUAGUGUAUAGAGUUGUUAUUUUUCAUACAGUAGGGCAUGAAAAUCCUCUUUUUUCCAACAUUUUGCUUCUCUCCCUCUAAUUCAUAAAAUGUUCCUUCCCUUAAGACCUCUUUCAACCUUGUGAAUGAUGGGAAGGCUGGAGCAGAGCAGGCAUUCUCUGGUGAUGCUCAAAUUCAAACUAUUCUAUGUUUACUUUGCAGGUAUUAUUUCCAACAGUGCUGGUAAGAACGAUGGCAGAGUGGUCUAGCUGAAUUGUGAUGGGGCAGAGAUGAAAAAAAGUCUAUAAACCUACCGUGUGAGAGUGCUCACUGGUAUCGCUUUUAAGAGGGAAGGCUGAAUUGAGUAACAUUUGUACAGUGGGCUGUUCUGGAUCCUACAGAGUAGUAUCCUUGUAGAUGAUCUCGACAGAACAAAGAAGCCAGUCAAACAUGAAGACAAUGUACUAAAGCUCAGACUGCAGGGAUACCUUGGUGGGCAAAUUUAAAAUACUGAUAGGGGACAGAAAACCACUCCAAACUCUAGUCUCCAGGAGUGACAAAGGAGGCUGGUAUGUUUAGGGAGGAAUAAUCCACUAACCCAGUACUGACUGUGGAUAAUAACUCCGUGCUGAACCCACAGGCACCAUUACAGGUGAGAGACACCACUGCUUUCUGCCUCUCCUCUCAUCUUCUGCUAGUUACACAUCCAAGCACAGAACCUGUAAGAUACUAGAUAGAUAGAUAGAUAGAUAGAUAGAUAGAUAGAUAGAUAGAUAGAUAGAUAGAUAGAUAGAUAGAUAGAUAGAUAGAUAGAUAGAUAGAUAGAUAGAUAGCAGAGGAGCAAUUCCUGCUACAUCAUUAAUGUGUAACAGUGUGCUAAGCUUUUGGUCCUUUGUUUCAAGAAAGAGGUGGACCAAGUGGAGGGAAGAGAACAAUAAGCAGCCUAGAAAAUGUCACUGUCACCUUCAGAACCCCUGAACCCACUGGGGCUGCCCUGCUCUAGCAAGGAGACAUUGUGAAGAUGGCUAUUACAGUUUUCUUAUAUGAAAAACCUGCUGUUAAAAGGGGAAAAAAAAGGAGAAACAAUAAGUCAAAUUGAAGAACAUUCCAGACAGAUAGUAUUUGGUGGGCUGGAAGGAUAGAUUUACAAACAAAUCAGGAAAUUACUAGUCUGAAGUCCCAGCACUGCAAGUCCUUAAGAAUUCCAGAGCGCAUAUAUUGGGGUUGUAGCUCAAUCAACUGCACUUACUUAGGAAAAAGAGGAGAUAAAAUCUAGAACCUACUCCUCAGGUCCCUGUUGUGUGGGUUGAAGCUAGAGUUUAAGUGAAAUUUGAAAUCAUUCAGGUCUCUCUAAAUGUAUUUAUGUAUCAUGCUUCGCCAGGUGCCAGCAGUAAACAUGCAUUUUGUCUUCUACAGCAUGUGACUGAGCAUGCAUAAAGAACAAAAUAGUGUAACAAAUUGUAACAUAUAGGCACAGACACUAAUUAAGUGCAAUGAUUUUAAUUUUUUUUGAGUGUACAUAUAACAAGAAUGAACAUAUACACAUAUGUAUAGAUUUUAAAAAAGGAUGGUCAGCUGGCAAUUAAUAUGGUAAUCUUGGCUGUUUCAUAUGCAGGUAUUCUCAGUAAUUUUAUUAUGGAUGUUUUGUUCCCCAGUAAUGAAGUAUUAAUCUGUAUUCAUGAAAUGUGUAAAUACAGUAAUGCUUUGUAAAAAAAUAUCAGCUAUGUGGAAAUAUGCUGUAUUUUCUUGAUCUAGGACUGUUUUACAAAUGAAAAAGAUAAAAUUGAGUAAUUUCAACUUACUGUUUAUUUCCUGUGCAGUUCACUAUACCUGUAACACUGUGUUAAAGUGUGUGACCUGAAGUGAAAUUUUUUAAAUUACGGCAACCCUUGUGUUCUCAAAGAGGCCAAGUCCUGGAUGUAGGUAUGCUGGGGCACUGCCUAGGACAGGAAGGCCUCGAGGAAGCAUUUCUGAUUGCUAGAAACUCUCUCUCUCAAACAUCUGAUCCUUAAGUCAUCAAGAGGAAGUUGUCUUAGCAUUCAUGCAGUUCUUUCAAACACCUUUAAAAAUUCUUCUUAACAGUUCUCAGCAUAUGCUGGUACCUACUAUGAAUUGAAUUUAAAAUCAAAUUCUUUCUCUGGGUCUAUUUUACUGAGCAGAGUCAGUAUUAUUUACCAUUAUUGUAAGCUCUAAUAUGGUUUACACUGUGUGUUGAUGUAGUUGUACACUCACUGAAGCAUGGUCUUUAGUUUUUAAACAUUUACCCUGAAGCAGGCACUCCACGCAGUAACAGACUAUCUCUGGUCUUGCCUGGCUGUAGUUACGGUGCUCUUUUUGGAGAACUAAUGUCAAAGUUUUAAUUUCUCUGCUAGAGUUACUAGUUCUUGACUCUCCAGCAGUCUUAACAUUACAGAGAGGGGAAAAUACCCUGAAAUGGAACAAAGGGUGAUCAGACAGGUCAUUUGCAGAGGAUUGCAGUGGGAUCUUUCUGAGUUAUAUACUCCUUGUGUAUGUUUUUCUUGUUCCCAUGCCAUAUUCUUUCAUCAUGCAUUGCCAGGAGGCAUUACAAUGGAUGGAUUAAAAGAAUCUUAAACAUAA